GUGUUUUCAGUGGUGACACAGUGGUGCAUUAUUCAAAUUGCGUGAAAAAUGUGAGUUAAAUGUAUUACUCGCAGCUGCAUAAUUUGGCGCUCUCUGAAGGUAUUACUAUGACAGUUGUGAAUAAGAUUUGUAAUUAACACAUUUAAAAAAUCCACUCUAUUUGUACUAAAUGCAUAAAUUAAAAUGUUUUUCCUGAAUAUUAAUGAGGUCAUUGACAUAAUCUUCCUGGAGCGUUCAGACACAGAGUAGUUAAUAUUCAUGAUCUAAGCUUUUCAGGGUUCUUCUAAUUGGCUAGCUUUUCAGGGGCCGUCUCUCUUCCAGCCAAUCAGUAAGGUCAGUUGGGUAAACGUCACGGAGCGUCAUUAAUAUGAGCGAUGUUUGGUCACGUGAUGGAUCUCACCUGUCAUUCCAGAACUCGUACAGUCGGAUCGGAGCUGACACCUGCAUUAAGACCAGCAUGAUAUUUUUCAGCAUGCAGUGUUGAUUUCUAAGGGAUCGCUCCUAUUUUUAUUUAUUUGCCUCUUAUUCUGAAUUGACUCGUUAUUAACACUAACAGGAGAUUAGAGGGUGUCUCUUGCUGAAAGUAGGUAGAUUAUGGGUGCUGUGUUGGGGACCCUGGCUAGUUGGGUUUCUUGCCUUUGCAACCAUGCAGCAUGUGUUAGGUGCAGAUGCUGCCCACACAUCAAGAAGUCUAUUGUAACCCGAAUCAUGUAUGCCUUCAUCCUUUUGCUUGGUACCAUCAUUGCCUGUGUCAUGUUGUCACCUGGUGUUGAACAACAGCUUAAAAGAAUCCCUGGUUUCUGUAAUGGAGGAGCAGGAUCCAGUAUACCAGGAAUUGAGGCCAAUGUUCAGUGUGAGAUUUUUCUGGGCUAUAAGGCUGUGUACCGGGUUUGUUGUGGCAUGAGUUUGUUCUUUCUCACGUUCUCCCUGCUCACGAUUAAUGUGAAGAACAGCCGAGAUCCCAGAGCUGCAAUCCACAAUGGGUUCUGGUUUUUCAAGAUUGCAGCCAUGGUUGCUGUCACUGUUGGUGCCUUCUAUAUUCCAGAGGGGCCUUUUACCCGAAUGUGGUUUAUUGUGGGAAGCUGUGGAGCAUUUUGCUUUAUUCUGAUUCAGCUGGUUUUGCUUAUCGACUUUGCCCACUCGUGGAACGAAUCCUGGGUUGAGAAAAUGGAAAAAGAAAACAGGCAGAGAUGGUAUAUAGCCUUGCUGUCGGUAACAGGAGUGAACUAUAUUCUGUCCUUCACGGCUGCAGUUCUCUGCUAUAACAUCUACACUCAGCCAGAAGGAUGCGUGAUGAACAAGUUCUUCAUCUGCUUCAACAUGUUAUUAUGUGUUGUAGCUUCUGCUCUGUCUGUACUGCCCAGAAUUCAGGAAUACCAGCCCAGAUCUGGUCUUCUUCAGUCAUCCAUUAUGACUUUGUACACCAUGUACCUCACCUGGUCAGCCAUGACCAAUGAGCCAGACCGCACAUGCAACCCGAGCCUGAUCAGUAUCUUCCAGCAGAUCACGUCCUCCACAGUCGCGCCACUGGAGAUCGAGAACCAGACGGCCAUCAUCAUUGUAGACAUAGAGGAAACUGUGCCAUCUGCCCCGUAUUUGCAGUGGUGGGACGCUCAAAGCAUCGUCGGAUUGGCCAUUUUUGUUCUCUGCAUUUUGUAUUCAAGUAUACGUUCUUCCAAUACCAGUCAAGUUAAUAAACUAACCUUAGCAGCUAAAGAUAGCACAGUCGUGGAUGAAAGCUGCACAGCAAGUCCUGAGAUGGCAGAAGAGGUCACAACACCAAUUGUGGAGGACAACGAACGGGACACUGUUCAGUACAGCUACGCUUUCUUUCACUUCAUGCUGUUCCUGGCGUCCCUCUACAUCAUGAUGACUCUCACCAACUGGUACAGUCCUGAUGCAGACUACAAUGCCAUGACAAGCAAGUGGACGGCAGUGUGGGUGAAAAUCUCAUCCAGCUGGGUCUGUCUCUCAUUAUACACCUGGACUCUGGUUGCUCCUAUGAUUCUCACCAACAGAGACUUCACCUAGAUGCAUUUCUGCAGAACACCUUUUAAAAUAAAGGCUCUUCUAUUUCAUUGCUAUGAGAAUCUUUAAAAAAAAAAAAAAAAACAACACUUUUUUUAAGAGUGUAAUGUCCUACAGCCUUGAUGCUAUUAUAAAAAUACGUUUAGUUUUUGUUCCUAUUUAUUGGAAUUAUGGAUUUUAUUUUUGGACCAUUUUGCCUAAUAACCUCAGCAUGCGUUAGGAUGUUCUCUGUGCCAUCGGUUGGAAUGACAAUGUAUUUUAUAUUUCUUCCAUGUCUGCUUACUGCUUUAGAUAAAUCUUUUUUUAUCAUGCUGCGUUUGCACUUUUGUUUUAUGCUGAAACAGUGUUUUAUCGCUGUUGGUCAGGCAAAAUGUACCGAUCUUUCUAAUUUUUGUAUCUUUACUGUGUUUUGUAUAAAAAAUGCUAUAUUUUCAUUAUAAAAAUCAAGGAGUACAGUGACCAAAAAAACAAAAAACUUUGAUAAAUUAAUUUUUGUCUGAUACAGAAAGAGGCAGUAAUGCAACAUCGAGGAUGCAAAUAUAUUUUGGUUGAUUAUCAAAAGUUGUAUUUUUGUACAACCAAGAAAAUUCUUGUAUUAUAUGUAUAAUGUCUUAAUGAAUUAACAUUAUUAUAUUUAACUUUUUUUAU